GGGAAAAUGUAGCAAGGAUGAGGAGUUCCGCCCGUUCCGGCGGUGGCCCCCGGUUCUGAUGCCGACGUUCAUCGCCGUCAAUGUAUUGUUGUUUGCGAUCUCGAUGUAUGUGAACAAUUGCCCUAAGAAUUCGAGCUCGUGCGUUGCUGGGUUUUUAGGGCGAUUCUCGUUCCAGCCGCUUAAGGAGAAUCCUCUGUUUGGGCCUUCAGCUGCUACGUUAUUGAAGAUGGGGGCUCUAGAAGUAAGUAAAGUGACCUAUGAUCACGAAGCAUGGCGCCUUAUCACGUGCAUGUGGCUUCAUGCAGGGUUUAUCCAUCUAGUUUCCAAUAUGCUGAGCCUCGUUUUUAUUGGAAUUCGACUUGAACAAGAAUUCGGCUUUUUGAGGAUUGGUCCCUUAUACAUCAUCUCAGGGAUCGGUGGGAGCUUGAUGUCUGCUUUGUUCAUCGAAUCCACUAUCUCAGUUGGAGCUUCUGGUGCUCUUUUCGGGUUGCUUGGUGCUAUGCUCUCAGAACUUAUUACAAACUGGACUAUUUAUGCAAAUAAGUUUGCAGCAUUAUUGACCCUGGUGGUAAUCAUUGGAAUCAACUUAGCGGUUGGGUUCCUCCCUCAUGUGGACAACUUUGCUCAUAUCGGAGGAUUUAUGACUGGGUUUUUGCUUGGAUUUGUGCUUCUAAUCCGUCCACAGUUUGGAUAUGUUAGCCAGAAGAAUGUUCCAAUUGGAUAUCAUGCUAGCGCACCAAAAAAACCAAAGUAUAAGACAUAUCAGUAUAUAUUAUGGGGCAUCUCUAUUGCGUUGCUAAUUAUUGGGUUUAUUGUUGGUCUGGUAUUGCUCUUCCAAGGCUUUGAUGGACACAAACCCUGCUCGUGGUGCCAUUACCUGAGCUGCGUUCCCACUUCAAGCUGGAGCUGCAAUAAGUCAUCAAAGUCAGUGUCUUGCAUGUCAUCUCAAAUCGGGUAUCAGUGGAAUUUGACAUGCUCAGACUCUGGAAAAACUAAAAACUAUUUGUUGAAGGAUGCGACUGAUGCCCAAAUAUUAGAACUUUGCACGCAACUUUGCACCUGAUAGGAGAACAGAAUCCUUGUUCCAGUUAUUUCUAACAUGUAUAUUUUCU